UCAAUGGAGAACAGCACAGAAGUGACAACGUUCAUCCUCUUGGGAUUAACAGAUGACCCCAAACUUCAGGUUCCCCUCCUCCUGGUAUUUUUGUUCAUCUACCUCAUUACUCUGGUUGGGAAUUGUGGGAUCCUGGUGAUAAUCCACUCAGACUCCCACCUUCACACUCCAAUGUACUUCUUCCUCAGCAAUCUGUCCUUUGUAGACCUGGGUUACUCAUCAGCUGUAGCUCCAAAGAUGGUGGCUGCAUUGCAGUCAGGGAACAAAGUCAUCUCCUACAAUGGAUGUGCUGCUCAGUUAUUUUUGUUUGUGGGUUUUGCCACUGUCGAGGUUUACCUCCUGGCCUCCAUGGCCUAUGACCGCCAUGCAGCCAUCUGCAGGCCUCUUCAUUAUACCAGCACCAUGACCACAGGUGUGUGUGCCCUCCUGACAAUCGGCUCCUAUAUCUGUGGCUUCCUCAAUGCUUCCAUCCACACGGCAAAUACCUUCAGACUCUCCUUCUGUGGUUCUAAUGAAAUUAAUCACUUUUUCUGUGACGUUCCCCCACUCCUAGCUCUUUCAUGCUCCAACACAUAUAUCAGCAAAUUGUUUGUCUUCUGUGUUGUUGGCUUUAAUGUCUUUUUCACCUUCCUGGUCAUUCUCAUCUCUUACCUCUUCAUAUACAUCUCCAUUCAGAGGAUACAUUCUGCUGAAGGAAAGAAGAAAGCCUUCUCUACGUGCGCGUCGCAUCUCAUGGCAGUGUCCAUAUUCUAUGGCUCAGUCAUCUUUAUGUACUUACAGCCCAGCUCCAGCCAGUCCAUGGACACAGACAAAACAGCAUCUGUGUUCUAUACGGUGGUGGUUCCCAUGCUGAACCCCUUGAUCUACAGCCUUCGAAACAAAGAAGUGAAAAAUGCUCUCUGGAAAAUGCUCAACAUACUUCACUCCCAAUCUUUAGGUGUGAGAAGGAAAUAGGCAGAUACCUAAAAUAUCAUACCUAAAUGCCUUAAUGACUUUUGAGGUUUGAUAGA